AGAGAGAAUGAGCGAGGAGGUGGAUAUUACAGAAUGAUGCAUUCUUCCAAAAAUCACAUGCAUGUGUAGAUUUACAGACUGCAGCUGGUAGAGAGACGGAGACGGAGAGACGGAGAGGGAGAGAGAGGCGGAACCAUGAGGAACUUGAACACUCUGGUCCUGACUUGCUGCUAUUGCUUGGUCUGGGUCCCCCCGGGGGCCCCGGGCAAGAGGCCGACCCGUUUCUCCAGCGAGCUGAUCAACCUGGGGAGGGUGCGCGGCUGUGAAGGAGACGAGAGUGCGGAGGAGGGCGAAGAGGAGGACGAGGAGCAGAUGGAGGAGGAGUUGAGCUCCUGGCUGGUGCUGCUGGAGAAGGAACGAAAGCUGAACCCGGCCCUGGAUAAGGCCUGGUCUCAGGCCUGGCUGGAGUGGGCCAGGAUGAAGGAGGGGGGUCACACUGCCCCGGGAGGCCUGAGGGACGAGCUGGUGGUGGCUGUAGUGUGUUACGCACUGGAAUACCCUCCCCCGCCCUCGGGACCCCUCUACCUGGUUUUCAACCAGGCUUCGCGGCAGUGCUUGGGGGCCGAGGAUUUGCCGGAGGCCUGCGAGCGGUUCAGGGGCCUACACCAGCUCCUGGGCCUGGCACUGAGGGGCCUGAGGAGGGCACAGCAGGUCCAGGGCAGGGAGGGGGCCCCAGGCACAGUGUACAGGGGCUCCCCGAGGCCAUUCUGGGCCAAGGUGGGAGACACAGUGCAGUUUGGGAGUUUCACUUCGACGUCGGCGAAUCGGGACGUGGCAGAGAUUUUCGCCGGAGGGGCAGGGGUAGGGGGCACUCUCUUUCACAUCCGCACGGCCAGGGGAGCCUCGGUGGAGGAGCUCUCCCCCUUCCCGCAGGAGAGAGAGGUCCUCAUCCCACCCUGCGAGGCGUUCCGAGUGGACAGAGUCGAGACAUCGGAGGUCCACGGCCAGCCCCGCAUCGACCUCCACCUGACUUCACUCCAGCUGUCGGGGCAGCCCAGGCACCGAUGCCCCGGGUCCCUGUACCUCCUCACCCUCACCCUCACUCUCGCUCGGCAACUGUGUUAAUCCCGGCAAAAAAAUGGGCACUAACCAACUAACCACCACGUCAAUCAGAAUUUAAUCCCAGGGGUCAGCGCUGAGGGAGCGCCGCACUGUCAGAGGUUCAGUGCUGAGGGAGCGGGCACUGUCGGUCGGUUGGCGCUGAGGGAGCAGGCACUGUCGGAGGGUCAGUGCUGAGGGAGCGGGCACUGUCGGAGGGUCAGUGCUGAGGGAGCGCCGCACUGUCGGAGGGUCAGUGCUGAGGGAGCGCCACACUGUCGGAGGGUCAGUGCUGAGGGAGCAGGCACUGUCAGAGGGCCAGUGCUGAGGGAGCGGGCACUGUCGAAGAGUCAGUGCUGAGGGCGCGGGCACUGUCGGUGGGUUGGCGCUGAGGGAGGAGGCACUGUCGGAGGGUCAGUGCUGAGGGAGCACCGCAUUGUCGGAUGGUCAGUGCUGAGGGAGCGGGCACUGUCGGAGGGUCAGUGCUGAGGGAGCGGGCACUGUGGGAGGGUCAGUGCUGAGGGAGGGGGCACUGUCGGAGGUCAGCGCUGAGGGAGGGGGCACUG